AUGUCUGCGACAGACGCAAGAUACUUCGGCCCAGGCGGCAAGCUUAGACCCUUCCGCCUUCUUAAGCAGGAUGUCACCAACCUGCGCCAACGAUACGCAUCAGACUGGACGGUAUUCAACCAGCAAAUCAUUGCCAGCGCAGUUUACAUCUUCUUCACCAACACCCUCCCGGGAAUCACAUUCGCAAGCGACUUGUACGUGCUCACGGGUCAAUCAUGGGGCACUAUCGAGGUGGUGUUUAGCACCGGUCUAGUAGGAGUUAUAUUCGCCUUUUUCUCCGCGCAGCCUCUGACCAUCCUCGGUGUGACGGGCCCCUUUUCGGUGCUCGCAGAAAACAUCUACACAUUGUGCUCAAACAGCUUCCAUGUCGACUUCCUCCCCGUAAUGGCAUGGUCCCUCAUCCACGCGGGCUGGAUGCUCUUCGCGCUCGCCAUCUUCAACGCGCACGACUGGACAAUGCAAUACGUGACACACUUCAGCGCCGACAUCUUCUCCCUCCUCAACAGCGUCAUCUACUUCCACAAAGCGGCCAUGGCCCUGAAGCGCACGCACGGCGCCGCAUCUCUCGCCGCAUUCCUAUAUGCCGUCAUCGGCGCCGCAGGAACCUGCCUCGUCGCCGUGCUGCUGUCGACCGCAAACUCGUGGAGCCUGUUCCACAAGUACGUCAGGAUCGGGCUCGCUGAAUACGCGGCCGCCAUCUCGAUUGUAUUGUGGAUCGGGAUUCCACACGUCGGCGAGUUGGCCCAUCUGGACCACGAACGUCUCCCGGUCCAGACCUCCUUUCGGCCGUCGAGCCCCCAGCGGGCCGCAUUCUUCGUGGAGUUUUGGAAACUGCCCGUGGAGUGGGUGUUCCUGUCAGCCAUUCCCGGCGCCAUCAUAACAGUGCUCUUCUACUUUGACCACGAGAUCAGCAGCAUAAUAUGCACCGUCGAGAGGUACGGCGUGCGCAAGCCGGGCGGCUACGCGUGGGACAUUAUCCUGCUUGGGCUCACGACUGCUCUCUGCGGCGUUCUGGGCAUCCCGCCCGCAAACGGGCUGUUGCCGCAGGCCCCAUUACACACGGAAUCGUUGUUACACUACCUCGAUGAAGGGUCAGCUGAGGAACACGCCGGUGGGACAUGUGCCGAGGUUGUGCGACCGGUGGCGAGGACGCAUGAGCAACGGUACUCACAUCUUAUCCAGGCCGCCGCCAUUCUGGUGUUUGUCUCGCCUCCGCUCCAGGGACUGUUGGGUUUAACGCAGACUUCUGUGCUGGCAGGGCUCUUCAUGUUUAUGGGCUACCAGUCGCUCGCCGUGAAUCCCAUCCUCGACAGAAUCUUCCAACUACUCACUCCUAGAUCCGAACUUCCAGAUUUACCAGACGGCGUGACUUGGUCGGGGAUCCACAGCUUCACCGGUACACAGCUUAUCUUGACUGGCAUCGUAUUCGGCGUAACGCUCACUGUGGCCGCGCCUGCAUUCCCCCUGGUAAUCAUUGCCUUGGUACCACUGCGAUUGACGUUGAUGAAGCGCGCUUGGUCGGCAGAGACAUUGAGGUUCGUUGAUGGCUGGGCAUGUCGACCGGGAAGACCAGAGGAUGAGUCGGAUGCAGGGCAGGUAAUCAUGACCGAGGACGAGGGGAAAGGUCGAAACUCUUUUAUGAGAUCUGACAAUGUACAAGUCUAA